AGUAUGGCACCACUUAUCAUUCUGCACAACCACCAUAGUGCAGCACCACUACCUGUGUUUGCUCAAAAUACCUCAAGUUUACCACUGGCUGGCGCACUUGAUUGCUGCGUAGACAACUAUUGUCGUGUAUUCCCGACCCUGCCUCGCACAUUUCACGUCCAUGGACGGUGACUUUGACUUUGGUACUUCUGUGUGGGGAGCACCCACAGACCCUCCUCACUUGUUGAACACCACGAUAGCCAGCACGUUUUCUGUACCCUCUCCCGCGUUGUCGCACGACCCGUUUGAUGAUUUCGAUGACUUUCAUACACCACCCCAGACUCAAAACCCAUCCAUUGUACAAGACGACGACUUCGGAGAUUUUGGAGACUUUGGAGAACCAGGACCAUCAGAUUCUGCUUUCGUCUUCGAGGAGGACGUUAAUUUUGAAGAAAAUGCCACGGGUGUCGAAUAUUCCCAGUCAACAUGGGAGGCAUUACAACUAGAUCCUCUACCUUCAGAGGAAGAUUUGAGACGACAGGUGGAAGACAUUUUGGGUUCGGAGUGGGCAAAGGAUCUCUCUGAGGUAACUAUAGAUGGCCACAUCAGACAGGCUGAGGGUAUUGGCCAGUUCCUUGUGGAGCCUGCGAGUCGUCAACUGUAUAACAUGCUGGUCAAUUCACCGCCCUCUACGGAACCGAUUAACUGGGUGCGGUCGCGCAUCCGACAGCAACACUUGAUUGCCUUGGGACUGCCAGUUAACCUUGACGAAAUACUGCCCCAAGCAGGGGCAAAGCCCAUGCCUCUUCUGAAUGUCUCGACAAGGCCUAUGUCUGCUCCACCCGUGGCACCGAAUAUCCUGCCACGGAGUGCACCUGCCUCGAGGGGUAACUCACGACCUGGUACGCCACGCUCGGGAACACCGCAACCCACUUUACGGAUGGGAGUUCCAGUCAUAAAACAACUUGGCCUGGGACCCAGGCCUCAACUAGAUGAAAGGAGACUGAACGAGUUACUAGACCUCGAUCCAGAGGGACUUAAUCUUUUACCCCUGGCCAAGUUGGAGAAAUACCUUUCUGAGUUGCGAUCAGAGACGACAAAUACUUCUUCACUCCUGACAUAUCUCCUACAAACACGGGAUGCCUUGCAGCAGGACUCUGAAACAUAUAACAAGUUGAUUGCAGAGCUGGUGAGUGAGGCACAGAAGACUAAACUAGGGAAAAGGACUGGGAAGCGUAGUGGUACACUAAGCUAAUAGGAUUCCACAUUGAUUGUGUCAGAUCACGUGACAUGGCGAUCACAGUAAAAACUUGUUAGCA